AUGCGCGGCAUUGAGAUCCAGAAAUAUGUCAAGAGCCCUUCAGAGCUCAUAGUAACCGAUCUGGCCGAUCCCGUGCCCAAAGACACCGAGUAUCUCAUCGAGGUGCACGCCGCGGCAGCCAACUUUUUCGAUAUCCUGCAGGUUCAGGGAAAAUACCAGAACCAGCCACCCUUCCCAUGGAUCGCCGGCGCUGAAUUCGCCGGCAUCGUCAUCUCCACGCCUCGCAAAAGCAGCACGCCGCGCUUCCCCGUCGGCACACGCGUCUUCGGCGCCGGGCAGGGCGCCUUCGCGACGAAGCUGUGCGUGAAGGAAGAUGCGCUGCUGCCGGUGCCGGAGGGCUGGUCGUUCCGGGAUGCCGCGGGCUUGUAUGUGACAGCGCCGACGAGCUACGGCGCGCUGGUGGUGAGGGCGGGAGUCAAGGCUGGGGAUGUGGUGCUGGUGCAUGCGGCGGCGGGAGGAGUUGGGCUGGCGGCUGUUCAGGUCGCCAAAGCCUUCGGCGCCACCGUCAUCGCCACAGCAUCCACCCCCCGCAAACUCGAAAUCGCAAAAUCCUUCGGCGCCGACCACGUCGUCUCCUACACGGACCCCGACUGGCCCAACAAGGUCAAAGCUCUCACGCCCAAGUCCCGCGGCGUCGACAUCGUCUAUGACCCCGUCGGCCUCGUCGACAAGUCCACCAAAUGCACCGCCUGGAACGGCCGCAUCCUGAUUGUGGGCUUCGCCGCGGGCGCCAUUGAAAAGGUGGCCAUGAACAAGGUGCUGCUGAAGAAUAUCUCGCUCGUGGGCAUUCACUGGGGCGCGUAUGCGAUUCAUGAGCGGGAGAUGAUCCCCAAGGUAUGGGAGGGGAUUAUGCGGUUGGUGAAGGAGGGCAAGAUCAAGGGCACGGAGUAUACGGAUGAGGAGUUUGUUGGGCUGGACAGGGUCAAGGAUGCGCUGGUGGCGCUGGGAGGGAGAGGGACUUGGGGAAAGGUCAUUAUCAAGGUUCCUCAGGAGGGCAAUAGCCGGCUGUAA